CGAAAAUACAAAGUUGUAGGUGUUUUAGGUGCGAUUCUGUCUCAAGAUUGACUGGCAACAUCUCUGGAUAGGUGUUGGAGAACAUAGAAGCAGACAGAUGAGAAGCUUAUAACAUUAAAUAAAUAAAAACUCUAAAAAGGGGAAAAUUUAGAGAUGAUGUCUUCCGUGAGACACACGCAUAAGUAAAGUCCUUUCAGUCAUCACUUUAGUCAUUUAGCCUUUUCUAAUUAAUUAAUUACCAGAGAAAAAAAAACAAAAAGAGAGAAAAAAGGACAAGACUUUCCAACCUCUAUAGAUUGCGUCUCUCGCUGGCUAAGGAUUUUUAUCUAUCUGUCGGCUUAAACAGAUUGAAUCACUUUGGUUCUUGAGUUUUGAUCAGCUUGACGAUUACGAUGCAAGAUUCUCCUCCUUCUUCUCAGGUUAAAGAAGAUGUCACCAGAUCUCAACCAAAUAAAACCCAAUCGGAUGCUUCAAUCCACAAACUCCCCAACCCUAUGCCUAUAGGAAUCUUGAGGAACCUGAGUCUGAAAAGAAAAGCUUCUCUUCCCAACUAUGAGAAGAGAUUGCUACUUAGUCCAACUGUUUCAGAAGCCUCUGAAAAGCCUAAUAGCUCCGUUGCUUCUUUGCCUUAUUGGAAAAGAUGCUUGUCACUUCCUUCUUCUACAAAUGCUGCUAAUAAGUUGUCUCUGGCUACAUCUACACCGCAGGCUUCACCUCUGGGGCAUACUGACCAAUCUACAUCUAAUAGGGAUGGUGCAUCAGUUUCAAGAUCCUUGUCUAUGCCUGGGAGAAACAAAGUCAUUGUUCGAGCUGUCUCUUUUGACAACAGCAGCAAACAACAUGUUUCCAAUGAAGCAAGUGGUAGUGGUAGUGCAGAUGAGAUCACUCCUGUUUCUGCGGAAGAAACUGAAGAAGAGAUCCCUGAAGAAGAAGCUGUGUGCAGGAUUUGUCUUGAUGUCUGCGAGGAAGGCAACACGCUGAAAAUGGAAUGCAGCUGCAAAGGUGACCUCAGGCUGGUUCAUGAGCACUGUGCCAUUAAGUGGUUUAGCACAAAGGGAACUCGGAUCUGCGAUGUUUGCAGACAAGAAGUCAGAAACUUGCCGGUGAUUCUGCUUCGUGUCCCAACGAUUAAUCAACUUACCACUAGACGGGAACUCACUCAGCAGAAUCCUCAGCCACAAAGCAUUAGUGUGGGGCAAGAGUUUGUAGUGCUUGUACUCAUCAGCACAGUCUGCUACUUCUUCUUCCUUGAACAUUUACUGAUUCGUGACUUGAAGUCACAAGCAAUCUUUGUCGCAGCGCCAUUUUCAUUCACCUUGGCUCUCUUAGCCUCAACAUUUGCCGUUGUCCUCGCUAUCAGAGAAUACAUGUGGACAUACGCAGCUCUUGAGUUUGCACUAGUGGCCUUGCUUGUUCAUCUGUUAUAUGUUACAUUUGGUUUGCCGGUUGUCUACUCAAUGCUUUUCGCGGGGAUUCUUGGUUUCGGUAUGGCAAUGUGCUUGAACCAGCUGUACAUUUGCUAUGCUUCUCGGCUUGUGCGAGUUCCACAGAAUAGGAACUUAGUAUAAAGAAAGUCUCUUGCCUUUUUGUAGUUCCCUUCUGUUCUCCCUUGAAAGCUUGUAUAUGAAAGUGUAUAUUGCUGGAUAGAAAGAUUCACCUGAAACAGUAAAAGAUCUGUAGAUGUAUAUGGGUUCUUUGUACGAAGCAAUAUGAGUUUUGUGGGACUACAAUGAAAAAGUGUGAAGAUACAUCAACUGAAAGAGCUGUUAUGAAUGAGAUCAGUAACUUCCUUGUGAAA